CGUGGCGCGCGUUCUGAGUCCAAUAUUGUUCUGUAAAUCGGUUGUAUCUGUAUGUGAGUAGCUCCCACUCGCAUCGAAUUCCCCAGCUGCUGAAUCAAAACCAUAAACCAUUACCCUUAUGCUUCCUCCUUCGGUUUUCUCACGUUAAAAUUUGAUCCAAUUCAGUCCUCCUUUGCCAUCUCCAUUGACGACGGUGAGCUUCUCCGCCGCCCUCCCUCCUUCCCCACAACCACAAUCUGCAACCAAUGGUGAAAAUGUAGGUCUUCGAUCAAAACCAAACCAACCCAUGAAGCUUCACAAGGACUACUAUGGCUACUGCUACCCCAACCAGUCUCAGAAAGCCGCUUUAGCUGGCCUCCUGGUGGUCCUCUUUCCGGCCUUCCUGCCAAACCUCUUUGGCCCAUUAAGCCACGCUGCUCCUUCCAUCUUCUCGGAGUGGAAUGCUCCGAAACCCCGGCACUUGCGCCUUCUAAAUCCGGCUUUACUUCUUCAAUCUUAUGUGGAUCAACAGAGCAAGCUUUGGGCUCCGUUGCCCAACCAAGGAUGGAAGCAUUGCCCUGAAGAGCCUAAUAGUUUAUCAUCAUCGCCAAAAGAAUCUACCUGGUAUAUUCAGGUGUUCCUUGACGGAGGCUUGAACCAGAAGAAAAUGGGGGUAAGUUUUGAAAAUUUUAUUUGUGAUGCAGUUGCUGUUGCUAAAAUUUUGAAUGCCACUUUGGUUAUUCCACACCUUGAAGUUAAUCCCGUGUGGCAAGAUUCGAGCUCCUUUGAGGACAUUUUUGAUGUGGAUCACUUUAUUGAAGCCCUACAGGGUGAGGUUUCUAUAGUUAAAGCCCUUCCUAGUGAAUUUUCUUGGAGCACUAGGGAGUAUUAUGCUACUGGCAUAAGGAUUACUAGAAUAAGAACAGCACCUGUUCACGCUUCUUCUGAUUGGUAUCUGGAAAACACCUUGCCCAUAUUGCAGAGAUAUGGAGUUGCUGCUAUCUCCCCAUUUUCUCAUCGUUUGGCCUUUGACAAAUUGCCUCAAAACAUACAGCACUUACGUUGUAAAGUCAACUUUCAAGCUUUAGCCUUUGUUCCUCAUAUCAGGGAAUUGGGAGAAACCCUUGUUAAUCGUCUCCGCUACCCUCCCAAUAGAAACCCAAAAGCAGGUAGUGACUCACAGGACAAGGCAAAUGAAAUUGAGAAACAGGGAGCUGGGAAAUAUGUUGUUUUGCAUCUUCGCUUCGAUAAGGACAUGGCUGCUCAUUCAGCCUGUGAUUUUGGUGGAGGUAAAGCUGAGAAACUCGCCCUUGCAAAAUAUCGGCAAGUAAUCUGGCAGGGUAGGGUCCUAAAAUCUCAGUUCACAGAUGAGGAUUUAAGAAAUCAGGGGCGUUGCCCAUUGACUCCUGAAGAGAUUGGAUUGCUGCUAGCAGCUUUGGGCUUCAACAAUACCACCCGACUCUAUCUUGCUUCUUACAAGGUUUACGGCGGAGAAGCAAGGAUCUCGACUUUGAGAAGAUUAUUUCCAGAUAUGGAAGAUAAGAAGAGUCUUGCCUCUGCAGAGGAAAGGGCCAAAGUUGAAGGCAAGGCUUCUUUGUUAGCCGCAGUUGACUAUUAUGUGAGCAUGCAAAGUGACAUCUUCAUUUCUGCUUCUCCCGGAAAUAUGCACAAUGCACUGGUGGGUCACCGGGCUUACAUGAACUUGAAGACUAUUAGACCAAACAUGGCGUUGUUGGGCAAACUUUUCGUGAAUAAGAGCAUGGAAUGGUCGGAUUUCCAACGUGCGGUUUCAGAUGGGCACAAAACUAGACAGGGGCAGAUGAGGCUGAGGAAGGAGAAGCAGUCGAUAUACACAUACCCUGCUCCUGAUUGCAUGUGUCGAGCUUAAUGAAAUUUUGUAUAGGCUUCAUUUGAGCUAAUUAUUGUACAGUAUGCUGCUUCUUAUGUAUUGAUGAUGCCUGUAGGGCAAGCACUGAUUCUUGCCGGCAGUGGAGAGAUUCAAUGACAAAACCACCAUUCGUACCACGAUGCCGACACUGACUGUUCCGUUUAAUACAGUGAAUUUUUUUGGUGCUA